CGGGUCGAGAAUGGGGCAGGUCAGGACCGGUCGAGUCGAUGAGAGGUACACAUGCCCGCCCGCCCCGCCCCGCCUACGAAGCUGGUCGGACCUGCCCAAAACAGGCCAAACAGGUCGAGUACAAUGGGUCAUGUCAAAAUUGCCAUCGCUGCUGAAUAUGGAACGCUGCCUAACCAAAUAGGGAAAAUGAUGCCAAGUAUAUUAGUUUGGGGACUUGAAUAGUAAAAGUAUUAUAGUUAGGGUGGAAAUGAGUAAAUUACCCUUAACUCUUUCGCUUGUUUGUUUUGCCAUUGUACUCCCUCUUCCUUUUAUUUUCAAGAACCCUUCCACUGCAGCCCGCCGUCGUUUCCUCUGGCCUCGCGACUUCAUCCCUCGCUCCUUGCAAAGCGUCCACCCUGAUCUCUCAGCUAGAGUUUCCAUUGUUACUCGACUCGCAAGGUCGGCUCUCCUCUGCCUUUCUCCGCGUUUGUUUCCUUUUCAUUCCCAUUCUCUGGUUUCUCUUUCUCACAACCCUUCUCUUCUUCGACAGGAGCUUUCUGUACUCGACUAUUGGCCAAGGCCCAGCGCGGAAAAUAACAAGGCUCGCUCUUUUUUCCUCAAAAUCUCCAGGUGGUUUUUCUUUUUCGCUUCGUCAAAGGAUUCUCGGGCUGGUGGUUUCUACAUAGUUUAAUCCAAAAUUGUGCACCAAUUUUUGGCUUUGUGUCAAUGAUUCGGGGUUUGCGUGGCUUUGAUUUAGAGUUUUUGAUACUCAUGGAUGGUAGUAGUCUCAAUGAUUCAUAGUGCGAGAAAUAGUGAUUGUGGAUUUGUGGUUGUAAGCAACAAAAUGGCAGUACUAUUUCGACUCAUGUGUGGGUUCAAGAAACAAACUAUGGGAGUUCAUGGCAUUUCUGCAAUUGAAAUUGCUGAACUGUACAGUGCGCACUAGUUAGUAUAAGCAGCAAGUUAGAAGCUUCACUGGCGUGUCUUGACAUGUUUGAAAGCAGCAGAAGUAUCUCCUCUGUUUCUAAACUUCCAGACUGUAACCGAACAGGCGAAAAGGAAUUAUCUGCGUAGCCACUUUCCCAUGCUGCAGGUCCUAGAUAUAUGCAAGUUUCCUCGACAUGAUCGAAAAUAGAAAUUGGGACUUGUCUAAGCUCGUACAGAGUAGUUGGCUUUAGUUGGUGAUAAGAAACACCUAGGUAAAGAUAGGUGUGAAAGCCCUAUUGAAAGGGUACUGUCUGUUCAUAGAUGAAUUUACAUCAUAAGAUAAGGAAUUCACUGCUAUGAUUCAUUUGAUUUACGUAGCUUAAUGAUGCUUGCCACAACUACAUCUUGAAAUCUAGGAUGAUGACUUAAGGAGGCAGUGAUCCACGGGUCCUGCAAGUUUGCUAGAUAUGUAAGUGGGUGUAAAAUGAUCUCGUAAUGGUUGUGUAGGUUGGUUUUCCAUUUGCUUAAAGAAUAUGCACCUGAACGGUGUAUUGAAUGAUUAUAUUCGCUUGAGCCUCUCAAGGAUAUUUGAAUUAUGUGCACUCUGAUAAAUGAUAAUCAUGAAAAAUGUUUGGUAUUGGAAUAUUCACGACUGGAGAUUGAUCCAAAAAGAUGCAUGUUCUUGUACGGUUGUACCUGUUGAAUUCUUUCUAUCCUUAUUGAGUUGAUGCUAAGGAAAUUAGGAAAGGAAGAUCAAACUACUUCUACUUUGUCAAAAUCAGGGUGGUCAACCAUUAGAAUGACCAGAUUCAAGUUUCCAAGUUGUGCUUCAAUGGUUGAUCAUAGACAAUCUUUUGAGCUAACUCGUUGCUUCUUUCUUUUCCAAGCUGGAAAGGUGGGGCUUGAGAUACUGGAUUCUUUAUUUAAAUUCUCUCGACAUUUCCUUCAUUUAGAACAAUUGAAUUGUGCAUGCUCAUCUGUGAAAGUCACUCUUUCAUUCGGCGAUUGUUGGGGUUGGGGGUAUAAUUGUGGGUGCUGAUCUUUUGCAGACCAAGAUGGUUAUUCCACCUCCAGUUAGGCCACCUAGAAUCACAGAGUAUCUCAAGCCCUACGUGCUACUGAUGCAUUUCAGCAACAAGUUUGUGACGGCGACAGUGAGGCACUCACCAACUGCAACAGUAGCAUCUUCGGCGAGCUCACAAGAGAAGGCCCUUAGGUCGGCCAUGGAAAAUACUCGAGAUGUAGCAGCUGCUGCCAAGAUUGGGAAGCUACUUGGCGAGCGCCUUCUACAGAAGGGCAUACCUGCUGUUUCUGUUUUGCUGAAGAGGGAACAGAAGUAUCAUGGAAAAGUAAAAGCUAUUGUCGAUUCUGUGCGGGAAGCUGGUGUCAAGCUUGUUUAGAUUGGCUACUGCUAUAUCAGUAUCUUUCUCGACGGAGUAGUUCCAAUAAUUUGUUUCUCCUAGCUCUUUUUGACUAGGACAAGAUCUAUGUAAAAACUGCUUUAUGCAUUCGAUGUCAUUACUUUGACUAAUUACGAGGAGUUUACAUAUCUGAUAUCUCUGUGUGCUACGCCUUUUCGCACAACUUAUUCUCUGUCUUGGUGAAUGCAAUCUGACCACUGACCAGAAGUUCCAAUGGUCUGGUUUUCGCUUUGAAAUGCAUUUCCAGAUCGCACUGUUACAUUUGAGGCAGCGUACAAAUCCUAUUUGCCAAACUUUGUCACCUUGAUCAAUCCUUUAACUUCGUCACUAAAAAUCUCUAUGUUAA